AUGGCCGAUGAAGAAGUAUCUGUACUUCAAUCAAUAUUUUUCGAUGAUCUUGAUGUCACAUUCGAUAAUGACAAUCAUCCAGUCUCUAUUCGUCUAACAAUUCAUUCAAAUGGGGAUGAAAACGAUGUUGAUAAUGAAAAACGUUUGCUGUGCGUAACAGUAACAUUCAGUUUACCAUCUGGUUAUCCCAUUGAAUCCCCCACAGUGACACUUUCCAAACCAAGGGGUUUGACUGAUCAACAAAUUGAUAAACUAUAUGAGAUAAUUAAUAAUUGUUUAAAAAUGAAUGAGAAUAAUUGUGUAAUAUAUGAAUGUAUUGAAUUAAUACGCGGUCAUUUGUGUCAGUUUGAUAUGCCUAGUGAAGGUUGUUCAAUUUGUUUGUCACCGAUGCAUGAUCGUAAACAAAUAAUUCGUACACAAUGUUAUCAUUAUUAUCACAUGAGCUGUUUAGCCAGUUAUGUGACAUACAAAAAACUUGAGUUAGAAAAAGAAUACAAUGAAGCAAAAAGAAAUGGUUUUUAUAUAAAAAAAGGUUUUCUAAAUGAUGUAGACUGCCCAGUAUGUCGACAA